CAUAAUUUUCUAAUGCUUCAACUCAGCCAUUAUUUCUGACGUUUAUGUGCAUAUAAAAAGGACACUCCCUCCGGAGUUCCAGAGCUACCUAGAUUAACUGAAUUCCACCAAAACGAUGCAGUUUCAGUCGUCCUAUGUUUCUCGUCGUACCAUAUUAAUAUGGCUGUCUGUUGCAUGGAGUACUACUACUACAACAACAGCUCUGAUAAAGCUGCCGGAAAAUGUAACGGUACCGGCAGUUAUAGCGUUUGGAGAUUCCAUAGUUGAUGCAGGCAAUAACAACAAUAUCCAAACCCUUAUCAAGUGCAAUUUCCCUCCUUAUGGACUUGAUUUCUACGGUGGAAUUCCAACCGGAAGAUUUUGCGACGGCAAAAUUCCUUCUGACAUUAUAGCUGAAGAACUGGGAGUCAAAGAAAUUUUGCCAGCUUAUUUGGACCCAACUUUACUGCCUCAAGAUCUCAUAACAGGAGUAACUUUUGCUUCAGGUGGUUCGGGUUUUGAUCCUUUGACAUCCAAGUUGGCGUCAGUUAUAUCAUUGACCGAGCAGUUGAAUCAUUUCAAAGGAUACAUAGCGAAGGUGAAAGGUAUUGUGGGAGAAGAAGAAGCGAAAUUCAUAAUAAGAAAUAGUCUGUAUUUAGUGGUAGCAGGCAGUGAUGAUAUUGCCAAUACCUAUUUUUCUCUACGUGCUCGAAAGCUUCAUUAUGAUGUUCCUGCAUACACCGAUCUUAUGGCUAAUUCAGCUUCUACUUUUAUCCAGGAUUUAUACAAUUUGGGAGGAAGAAGGAUUGGAGUAUUUAGUGCGCCGCCAAUUGGAUGUGUGCCAUCACAAAGAACACUAGCAGGGGGAUCUGAAAGAGUAUGUGCAGACAAUUAUAAUGAAGCAGCAACUUUAUUCAACUCCAAAUUGUCUGCAAAACUGAAUUCUCUCACUACAAGCCUGCCUCAAAGCAAAAUUAUCUACAUAGAUAUCUACAAGCCUCUCCUUAAUAUCAUCCAAUACCCUAAACAAUAUGGAUUUGAAGUAGUAAAUAAAGGAUGUUGUGGAACUGGAGCCAUAGAAGUUGCUGUGUUAUGUAAUGGAGCAGUUCCAGUUACAUGUGAUAAUGUUUCUAACCAUGUGUUUUGGGAUAGCUAUCAUCCCACAGAAAAAGCUUAUAAGUUGAUCGUCUCUCAAAACCUUCAAAUCUAUAGUUUUUUUCGACAUUCUUCUUUCAUUUUAAAUUUGUUGCUACUUGUGCUGACAAAUAUUCUAUUACGGACCACAAAUGCUUUGAUAAAGCUACCACCUAAUGUCACAGUUCCAGCCAUUUUUGUAUUCGGUGAUUCCAUAGUUGAUACUGGCAAUAAUAAUUAUAUUCCGACCAUUAUCAAAUGCAAUUUUCCUCCUUACGGUGUAGAUUUUAAAGGCGGCUUUGCCACCGGAAGGUUUUGCGACGGGAAAGUCCCAUCUGACCUUAUAGCGGAAGAAUUAGGAAUCAAAGACACAGUACCAGCUUAUCUAGAUCCAAAUAUUCUGCCUCAGGAUUUCCUCACCGGAGUAACAUUCGCUUCCGGCGGCAGCGGAUAUGAUCUAUUAACAGCUAAUUUAGUGUCGGUUAUAUCAUUAGACAAACAAUUAGCGUACUUUGGAGAGUACAUAGAGAGAGCGAAACGGAUGGUCGGAGAAGAACGGACGAAAAAUAUAAUCGGAAAUAGUUUAUUCAUGGUGGUCGCCGGCAGCAACGACAUUGCCAACACCUAUUUUACUCUUAAGACAAGGAAAGCCGGUUACAAUAUUAAUGCCUAUACUGAUCUUUUGGCUAACUCCGCUUACAAUUUCGUUAAGAAUUUAUCUUCCAUUGGAGCAACAAGAAUUGGAGUAUUAAGUUCACCACCCGUUGGAUGCGUGCCGGCGCAAAGAACUUUAGCAGGUGGAUUCCACAGAGAGUGCGAUGAAAACCAGAACCAAGCAGCAUUCUCAUUCAACUACAAACUAAAUAAAACGCUGGCGUUUCUUAAUACUCAAUUCCCUAACAGUAAAAUUGUCUUUAUAGAUGUCUACACUUCUUUGCUUGAUAUUAUCUCAAAUCCUCAACAAUAUGGUUUUGAUGUUUCAAACAAAGGAUGUUGUGGAACAGGAAAUAUAGAAGCUGUUAUUUUAUGUACAAGUGCAACUCCUACAAUGUGUCCUAAUGUUUCUGAUUAUGUAUUUUGGGACAGUUAUCAUCCAACUGAAAAAACUUACAGAAUACUUGUCUCACAAUUUGUCAAAAAUUAUUCCUACAAAUUCUUCUAAGUGCUCAACCACGCCAUAUAAACCUUAUUAAUUUUGUAUUGAAACUUAUAUUUUUAGCUAGGAAGCAUUAGAUUUGGACAUUUUUAUUUUUAUUUUUAGACUAAAUUUGA